GUAGCCAGGGGGCGGGACAGGGCCCUAGGGCGGGUUGAGAUGCCGCAGCGGCCGCGUCGCUUGUAAACAGAGCUUGCUUCUGCCCACGUGAUCGUGCGAAGUACCUGUACUGGGAGCUGUAUUGUCCGCGGCGGCGCCCGCCCGGUGCAGGACGCUACCACGGCGGGAGGCGGGGCCGGCGCAGCCCGCGUCGCGCGCGCUGGGCAACGAGCCGCAGCAGGAGGCCGAGCUCGCGAGCGGCUGUUUCCCCCCCCGGCCGGGCUCCGGCGCAUCCUUCUCCCCCAAGAUGGCUGCAGGCGGGCAGUGAGCCGGCGGUGGAUGCGGAUGCCUAGCGCGGGCGCGUAGCGGGACACCAUGUCCGCCUUCGCUCUGGAGGAGACGCUGGAGGCGGACUGGGUGGCGGUGAGGCCCCACGCCUUCCUCGAGGGAGAGAAGCACAAGUUCGCGUUCAUCGUGGCCUGGAACGAGAUCGAGGGCAAGUUCGCCAUCACCUGCCACAACCGGACUGCUCAGCGGCAGCGCAGCGGCUCGCGGGAGUUGCGCCGGGGCAGCCCCGGGGGGCCGGAGCGACGGGCCCCUGCCCAGGCCGGCGUCCCCGCGGCCCGCCGGACCCCGGCCUGCGGGGCGGACUCCAGCCCGGCCAGGAGCUCCUCGCAUCCCCGAGCGGACUCGCUGCUCCGGAGCUCUGAGAAGGGCGCCGCGGCCGGGGCAGAGGCGAUGCUGAAGAGCCCGCUGCGGACGAAGGCCAGUCCGGUCCGGAGGCCGCCGCGCAGCACGGAGGCGGCGGCGCCGAGCCCAGCAAGUGCGGCCGAGGAGAUCGAGGUGCUGGAGCUGGUGAAGGAUGAAUCCGCGGCCCCUCUGCUCUUGCUGCCGGGACCCAUCCAGCAAGGUACCGAGCCGGCCGCAGACGCGGACUCCCCGGGGGAGGAGUGCAGCUGGGCCGGCCUCUUCUCCUUCCAGGACUUGCGGGCCGUGCAUCAGCAGCUGUGCUCGGUGAACUCGGAGCUAGAGCCCUGCCUGCCCGUCUUCCCUGAGGAGCCCUCGAGCAUGUGGACUGUGUUGUUCGGGGCCCCGCAGCUGUCCGAGCAGGAGAUGGACGCGCUGUGUUACCAGCUACAGGUUUACCUGGGCCAUAGCUUAGACACCUGCGGGUGGAAGAUCCUCUCCCAGGUGCUCUUCACCGAGACCGACGACCCUGAAGAGUACUACGAGAGCCUGAGCGAACUGCGGCAGAAGGGCUACGAAGAGGUGCUGCAACGUGCCCGCAAACGCAUCCAGGAGCUGUUGGAAAAACACAAGAAUACAGAAAGCAUGGUAGAGCUGCUUGAACUGUAUCAAAUGGAAGAUGAAGCCUACAGUAGUCUUGCUGAAGCUACCACAGAACUGUACCAAUAUCUACUACAGCCAUUCCGAGAUAUGAGGGAACUUGCAAUGCUCAGAAGACAGCAGAUCAAGAUCUCCAUAGAGAAUGAUUACCUAGGUCCCAGGAGAAUUGAGAGCCUACAAAAAGAAGAUGCAGAUUGGCAGCGGAAAGCCCACAUGGCUGUCCUUUCUAUUCAGGAUCUUACUGUUAAGUACUUCGAAAUAACAGCCAAAGCACAGAAAGCUGUGUAUGAUCGAAUGCGGGCAGAUCAGAAAAAGUUUGGUAAGGCAGCAUGGGCGGCAGCAGUAGAACGUAUGGAAAAGCUGCAGUAUGCAGUUUCUAAGGAAACACUGCAGCUGAUGAGAGCUAAGGAAAUCUGUUUGGAGCAAAAGAAACAUGCACUGAAAGAAGAGAUGCAGAGUUUGCAAGGUGGUACAGAAGCCAUGGCCCAUUUGGACCAGUUGGAAGCUGAUUAUUAUGAUCUACAGCUUCAGUUGUAUGAAGUGCAGUUUGAGAUUUUGAAGUAUGAAGAGCUGCUGCUGACAGCACAACUUGAAAGCAUCAAAAGACUAGUAUCAGAGAAGAGAGAUGAAGUGGUGUAUUACGAUACUUAUGAAAGUAUGGAAGCCAUGCUUGAAAAAGAAGAUAUGGCAACAUCUAUACACUUACAAAGAGAAGAGCUGCAGAAGUUGCAACAGAAAAUCCGCCAGCUGGAAGCAAGGCGUGGACGUAUUUCAGCCAAGAAAGCCUACCUCAGAAAUAAAAAGGAGAUCUGUAUCGCAAAGCAUAAUGAAAAGUUCCAGCAGCGCCAUCAGAGUGAAGAGAAAUACAGAAUGCAUCAUACUGUGCAGCUAAAGCAAGAUCAGCUGCAAGAUGAAGAGGAAAAAAAGAGCUCCUGGGUUAGUCAGGAGCGACAGAAAACACUGGACAGACUUCGCACGUUUAAACAGCGGUACCCUGGGCAAGUAAUACUUAAAUCAACCAGACUGCGACUGGCACAUGCAAGAAGUAGUAGUACACCCAGCUCAGUGCCCUAUGUAGAUCAACCUCAAUCUCUGCCAGUAACCACACAGAUCCAAAAGAAAACUGAGGACGUGGAACUGGGAAAAGUAAUCCAGCCUUUACAAACCCAGGAGCCCAGAAGCUUAGAACAACCUGAAGAUAGUUCGUUACCACCCAAUGGCAUUACCUCUGAACUGUCUCAUCAUACUACUCCUCCACUUCUUGCCAGUAAUGAGCUUCAGCCAGAUACUGUUACUGUAGUUCCACUUCCGCCUCCUUUGCCGCCACCGCCACCACCGCCUCUGCCUAUCAAGGAAGAUUCUACUGAAUCCUUCGAGAAAAGUGACAGCCCUGUUAAACAAGAGAGUGAGGAUAAGGGAGUCCCGCAGUCUACCACUGUCCCAUCAGCACAUCUUUUUGAUAGCAGUCAGUUAGUCAGUGCCAAGAAGAAACUUAAGAAGACCGAUCUAGAGGGUUUACAAAGGAGGAGAGUGAGUUCCCCAAUGGAUGAGGUGCUGGCUUCCUUGAAGCGUGGUAGUUUUCACCUAAGAAAGGUUGAGCAGAGAAAUCUCCCUCCUUUCCCCGAUGAAGAUGACGGCAAUAACAUCUUGGCACAGAUAAGGAAAGGGGUGAAACUGAAGAAGGUGCAGAAAGAUGUUCUGAGAGAGUCGUUUACAAUUCUGCCUGACACUGACCCUUUAACACGUAGCAUCCAUGAAGCACUGCGAAGAAUUAAGGAGGCGUCACCUGAAUCAGAAGAUGAAGAGGAGAGUUUGACUUGCACAGACUGGGAAAAUUAACCUGUGACUAGCAGCCACUGAAGCAAGGAAAAAAAAAAAACAACAACAAAAGAAUAGCCCACAGCUGGAGAUCAAUCUUCCUCUUCAUUUCAGAAAAUUAAAAGCCAGCAAUUUUGACCAUCAGCUGCAUAGUAGAAAAAAGGCGUCCUUUGGCAAAUGAUGUGAAAAAACGUGAAACACUGAUUUUUUUCAGAUUAUUUUUUAUUCAUUCCACAAGUGCAAGGUUGGACAAAAAGCUAAGUUGUUUAAUUAUGCAUUUUAUAUAACUGUAAUGAGAAAAGGGUCUUCAGGAUGUUUUCUCAAUUCUUUAAGCACUUUUUACAUUUGUGUUAGUAUAUAUGGCCAGUUAAGUGAGGGAACAUUUUAAGUGGGAAGAAUGCUGCAUUGAUAAAGCUACCAGGGGAUGCAGUUAAAACAUCAGGACAGCUAUGAAACCUACUUUUCAGUGCACUGAAAAUAUCAUCUGCUUGAAAAACAAAUUUAAUAGCUGUUCCACAAUAGCUAAAAUUCAGAUAGAGAUGCAAGUAAGAUCUCUUUAGUUAUUCUUCUCACUGCAAAGAAAUGUGUUAGUAUGAAAAAUAAGAACAACAAAUGACUGUACAGUCUAAUAAGUACCAUAACAGUGGAAUACAUGUAUUUAAGAAUGUAUGUGUUUACAAUAUGGUACACUUAACAUGGCAUAUUACAGCACCUUUUUAGAAGGUCAGAUAUAAUCUUACACCCUACAUUUUAAAAGUAGAUUUUCCAUGCUCUUUUAAACAGUAAUAUUUAGGUGAGAUGAACGGAGUUAAUAGUUAUACCAUACAUACAAACUUGUUAUAAGAAGCAAUAUUUUGUAAUUUCAUACUUAAAAUUAUUUUUCUCUGUUAGCUUGACUUGUUCUUGUUUGAUUACUGUAAGUAACCUUCUUUACUUUCUUAUUUAAGGAGAAUGCAGGACUUAAACAUAUUCACACCAGUUAUGAAAGUUAUGCUUCUCUGUUAAUUGUUAGUAUUUCCUUUAGUAGCUACAAAAAAUUGUACAUCAUACCUAACAGCCUGUUUUGCUGAAAACUACACUUAUUGCCUGCUGUAUGUGUCUCUAAAGGAGGGGAGAGUACAAUUUUCAGUACGGUGAGAACUUAAAAAGAAAUAAUCCUAAACUGAAUGACUAAUAGCUGCGGGCAGCUAGUUUUAUAAUGCCAGAGUACUUAAAAGUACAUCUUAUACAGAGUUAUAAGUAAUCUUGUACCAUGUUAAAGGCUCCAUGUAAUGUUUGUUAGUUGAGAAAUGCUCAAAUUCUAUGACAGUCUUGACCAGCAUUUUAUUUGCAUUAAAAUUUUAUGUACUGUUUGAGAGACACGCCACCCCUUUCCUUUUACAAAAUUAUUUUUGUGUUCAGUAUUCAUUUUAUGAAGGACAAAUUACUGUACUCCAUUUUCAUUUAGAAGCAGAUUCAUGAAUUGCUAUUGUUGUGUAAUGGAGUACAUAUUCCUCUUAAACUUUUAUAACAGUUCUUCUUAAAAUAGUUGUUGGAGCAAGAAUAUUUACCUUGGCAAUAGGUUAUAACCAAAAUGAACCUCAGAUCUUGGAACGUUUAGGCUGUUUUACAAUGAUUGUCCUGAAUAAUAAAGAUCUGUCAUGUUUUGAAAGAUAAUUUGCCACUCUAUACUUGGCAUUGAUAGGCAUUUUUCUUGAUUUUUUUUUGCCUUAUUUAUAAUGUUUAGUGAAACAUUUUCAUUUUCAAAAGGAAUGCUUAUGAGCAGCAUUUUUCAGAAAUGAUACCAGUUUUUGCUCCAGGUAUCAGCUUUUGGGGCAGCAUCUUUCUUGGACAGAGCAUCAGUUCUAUGACACAUCCAUCAUUAGCUUGUCAAGGACCUGACAACCUAAGUUCUUCCCAGUUUAUUUCUAUGGUUUUACAUCUAACUAAUAAUUUCAAAAUGUAUCCUGUGUAAUCAUUUAGCAUAGAUCAUAAAUGUAAGUAGUUUGUGUGCCUGUGGUGUACAGGCAUCCAUAUUCCAGAUUAUAUUACACUAUAAACUGGGUCCAGUGCAUGAAUUUUUAGCUGUAGCACAAAACAGAAGUAUCUGCAAAUUACGAUAAUAUAGUGUGUCAGUGGUUCUCAAACUAGGGCCGUCGCUUGUUCAGGGAAAGUCCCUGGUGGGCCUGGCCGGUUUGUUUACCUGCUGCGUCCGCAGGUUCAGCUGAUCGUGGCUCCCACUCUCCGUGGUUCGCCGCUUCAGGCCAGUGGGGGCUGUGGGAAGCGGCGCGGGCCAAGGGAUGUGCUGGCCGCCCUUCCUGCAGCUCCUAUUGGCCUGGAGCUGCGAACCACGGGCAGUGGGAGCAGUGAUUGGCCGAACCUGGGGAUGCGGCAGGUAAACAAACAGGCCCGGCCCACUGGGGCUUUCCCUGAACAAGCGGCGGCCCUAGUUUGAGAACCACUGGUGUAUGUGAAGCUGAGUGCUAGACCAACAGCAAUGGUGGGACAUCAAGUAUGUCUAGUUUUUCUUGCUGCAAGAAACCAAACUGCAGAUUGGACAGUGUGCAUAAAACACUGGCAAAACUUUUGAGUUGGGGGGGUGAACAGUGUAAUUUGAAAAACAGGAAUAAUGUUCCUUCCCCUUGACUAAAUUUAUUAUCCACAAAUUUAUCACUGUACAGGGAGAUGUUUAAAUAGCUCUGUACCGUGUUGUACUACAGAGUUCUCAGGUUUAUCUACAUAUGAUUUGUCAACUUUGCAUUGAAAACUUGUUCAUGAUUAAGAAUAAACCUGUCCUUGAUACAUAUAUAUUUAGUUAAAAUAUUAGAUUCCUGACUGAGUCUGUAUACAUUGCUUAUUCAUAGGAAUAUCAUAUUUUAUGCACAUACACACAAAAGAUAGCUGCUGUGCUGAGCAUAACAGUUUAUAUCAAAUUCAAACUGCAACUUUAAAAGGGAAAGAUGGGGUGUGUUAUCUACAGCAUAUUAAAAAUCAGAUUUUAAUCUAAAGUAGUUACUGGAUGUCACAGUUUCAAACAGUUAUUCAAUUUAAUAGCCAUUUACAAUUCCAUGCAUAAAAAUACUCCUAGUGCUUUUAGAUAAUGAUUUAUACUGGUAUUGCAAAAGAAGUUAUAUGGGGAAAGUCCAAUUACUUUCACAAGAGUUAGAGAAAUUAUGACAAUCCUUGCUAGUCUGGCACAUCUGUGACUGACAGUAAGUUUAUUGAAUAGCUCUGCACUUGAGAUACCAUGGCAAACAUCACUAUGGGGAUAGCAUUAAUACUUACAUGUGUACAAGAGGAAAAAAAGUUUUCACAUAAAAAGAUCACUAGAGAUUUUCAGUAUUUGCUCUUCAUGGAUGCACUACAUCAUUUCGCUGCAUUGUUCUUUUUCUAGCCACUGAUCUCCAACAAUUUCUCAUCUUUUGCGCAUUCUACAUUCCAGGAAAACUUGCUUGUUUAUUCAAAAUAGAGCAGUUUGGUAGUGAAAUGGUUCACUGAGGUAAGAAUUGGAAUUUCCCAAUCUGAAAUACAUAUAAAUUCAGGAAGCAUGAGUAUAUACUGUACUUUGGGGACUGAGAAUUUAUCAGUGAGAAAAAAGAAUUAAAAUGGUUUAUUUCUAUUAGAGCAACCAAAAAUGAAAAGUAAACAAUAGUCUUUUGAUCAGGAAUUGGUUUAGCAUUUAUUUGAAUUUCUGUACCUCCCUCACUGUGGUCCCAAAAUCCAUUAAAAAUGACUAACAUUCUUAUUUUAUUCACUUUUGCAUAUUAUGUUUGCAUAUUUUGAGUGGGAUUUAGUUUUUAAGCAUAGAUGAAAGUUUUGUUUCUCUUUUAAAUGUUACUUUUAAGAUUUCUUUAAAAAGUUUAGCAGCCUGUAUUCUACAACACGUAGCUGUAAAAUAAGUAAACUUGAUCCGAUAUUGUGGUGUUCAAUGGCUGCAUCAGGGACUUUGGGUUCAAUAGACUUCAUCAGAUUCUUUGUAAAGAAUCACUUUGCCUUUCAGCAUUAUGUUCUCUAAAGUCAAAAAUCUUCAAACUAUGAGCGGUUCUUUAUUGAAAUGCAACCAAUUGAGACGAGGAAGCAGAAACUUCCAUUAGUUAAUGUUCUCUUUUAUUCCCUUCGUUGCACUGAAUUUAAAGACUGUAACUGUAAAUUAAGGUUACUUGCAGUUUAAGCAGCUGUUUUCAUUGUAAUACUUAUGUACUUACUUUACCUGUGUUAUUUCUGGUAAUGAUCCCGUAAGCAUGAGGCAAGAUACUGUGUAUAAUGUUAGAGAAUCGAUAUGCUACAGCCAAGCAAGGCUUAUUGUAAAGAGAAGCAGUAAGAGCUGGAAGUAUCUUACUGAGAGAGCAUGUUGCAUUUGCUGAAUGCUAUUGGAGUAUAUAGGAAAGUAGGUUCAUUCUAAAAAGUGCUCUUUGGUAUAGUGAAGCACAUUGACCUGUCUUGCUAGCUAAUGCUGUGUAAAAUACAGCAGUGGCUGUUUUUAUCCUAUAAAUAUACUGUAAUUUAAAAUUUUCCUACAAAAUGAAUUUAUAUUUAAUUGCUGCCUAAAACAUCAUGUAUUAAAGGUUAGAAUUUUUAGGAGGGGGCUGGGUAUGCCAGUGUAUUUUGGGAAGAGGGGGGUGUUGUUGUGUAUAUUAUUCUUUGCACUGCCCAUUCAGUUACGACUUCGUCCAAAAUUCCUGGCUUUGACCAUGGGGUGAAUCUGCAACUUGGGAUUUACAUAACUUUAGUGUAAUUCAUAUCUUCUAAAACCUGUGUCCUUGGGCCUUAUAAUAUUACCAAAAUGGUCUUCCUUCCCUUCCCCUCUGUGGAUUCUCAGAUAUCUUUAAAUAUGGACCAUGACCAAUUUGUGACUUUAUUGGACCUAUAAUUAUGUGAAUGAGGAAAGACUGCCUACAGCUGAUAGAAAAGACCACGCUGGGGGUGUCUGUUAAAAGAAAAACCUUGACUGGGCACAUAUUGCUCGUUUAUUAUCUCAGCGGGUAGGGUCCCAACUAAUAUGAAGCACAGCAUCAAGUUUUUAAAUAAUUCAUCAUGGCUUUUAUUCAAGUUGUGCUUGGUAAUUCAAAGGUUCCACAGUAAUUAAUUAACCGGUAGAGUUGCUUGAUUUUCAAGUCUUCACAUCCAUUGGAAGAUACUUUUCACCCUCAUGAAUUGUGGAGAGGUAUGUGAUUAGAGACAGACUCACUGUGACCUCUCCAUACAUGUUUCUGUGGUUGCUGCCUACUUUACAAGUUAUCUUAUGUAUUUUUAAGUGCAGAGCCACAAAGUUAGUGACAUUCAGAAAGCUGCAGAUUUGUAUGAAUAAAGGGUUAAUAAAACUGACACUUUCUAACUUUGGUUGAAUAAAUCAGAAAUAAUCAAAUGGAAAACUGAUUCACCAUCCACUAGCUUUGUGCAAUAUUAUGAAUAGAAUCAAACACUAGCACAUUGUGCUUGGCUUUAAGAAAGUCUUUAACACAAUUAUAUUUAAAUGGACAUUUUAAAUGCACAUUGUAUUAUAAAACUACUCCUGCAAAUUUACAAUACCUAAUAAUGCUCAAUGUUCUAAAGUAUUAAGCAACAAGUGUAAAAAAUAAAAACUAAGUGAGCAUUUCUAGCAAUACCUGAAAACUAAAAAGAAAAAAAAUAUUGGUUUGACUGUUUGCCUUUUGCUUUCUUUCUUUAGUACAGCUUUUCUGUAAUUAUUAUUAUUCUGUGUAUUUCAUGUUUUUACUAUCAUGACUUCAAAGUUAAACCUGUACACAAAGUACCAAAUCACCUUUUUCUUGUACAUGCGAUGUAACAACAUACUCACAGUUUUGGUGCUUAAAAAUGAUUUUUUUCUUUAAUAAAGGAUAUUUAUUUGAA